AUGUCUGAAGGCCUGUUCUCCAACGAUCUCCUCUCUCCGGCCGUUUCUGCCGCCCUCCCCGAAGGUUACAUAAUCCGCCCUCUGCGGAGAUCCGACUACAACACCGGCUACCUCGACUGUCUGAAAGUUCUGACUACCGUCGGCGACAUCCAAGAGGACAAGUUCCAGGAGCGCUACGACUUGCUUGCCUCCCGACCGGGUUCCUACUACAUUCUCAUCGUGGAGGACACAAUUCGGAGUAGAGUCGUCGGCACAGGUGCCCUGAUCGUCGAGCACAAGUUCAUCCACAAUCUCGGUCAGGUCGGUCACAUCGAAGACAUUGCGGUAGCCAAGGACCAGCAGGGCAAGAAGCUGGGCCUGCGGAUCAUUGAAGCCCUCGACUACAUCGCAGAGAAGGUUGGCUGUUACAAGAGCAUCCUCGACUGCAGCGAAGCCAACGAGGGCUUCUACGUCAAGUGCGGGUUCCGAAGGGCGGGUCUUCAAAUGGCCCAUUACUACGAGGGAAGCAAGAAGCAAACGACUGCUACGACGACGACGAAUGGUGUGGCCCCAGCCAACGGCCAGUAG